AUGUCGCGCCACGGCUCCGUGCGGACGACGGCCGCCGUCUUCUCGCUCAUCUCCAUCUGCGUCGCCCAUGUCGUGCUCUAUGCUCGCGCUCAAGCUAACACUCGCGGUUUCAUCAGCAUCGACUGCGGCAGCCCUCCGAGCGCCGGCUACGUCGACGUCGUCACCUGGCUGCCGUACGUCCCCGACGCGCAGUUCGUGGACGCGGGCGUCAGCCACAACAUCUCCGCCGAGCACGCCGGCAUGAUCGACCUGAAGCUGCCGAGGCUCUACAACGACCUCCGGAGCUUCCCCACCGGCGCCCGGAACUGCUACACCGUGCGCUCCCUGACGCCGGGCACCAAGUACCUGGUCCGCGCCACCUUCCUGCACGGGAACUACGACGGGCUGGGCCCCGGCGGCCUCGCCGUGUUCGACCUCCACCUCGGCGUCAACUUCUGGCAGACGGUGAACGUCUCCAGCGUCUCCGACACCUUCCAGGCGGAGAUCAUCGCCGUCGUGCCCGACGACUACGUCCAGGUCUGCCUCGUCGGCAAGAAGGGGCUCGGCACGCCCUUCAUCUCCGGCCUCGAGCUGCGCCCGCUCCCGGACACGCUAUACCCCGUCGUGGCGAAUGCCUCCCUCUCCAUGGCCGUCCACGGCCGGUACAACCUCGGCCCCGACGACGAGAAGCCGAUCGUGAGGUACCCGUCGGACCCCCACGACCGCGUCUGGAAGGUGCUAGCGAACCUGCGGUCAUGGAACCCGGCCAACACGACGGGCACGGUGCGCUACGUCGCCGGGGACCAGUUCGAGGUGCCGUCGGCGGUGAUGCAGACGGCCGCCACCGUGGACGACGGCUUCAGCCUGCGGUUCUACUGGGGCGCGUACGAGUCCAACAAGGAGCUGGACUACUUCGCCGUGCUUCACAUGGCCGAGCUCCGGCGGCUCAACGGCAGCGAGGCGAGGAUCUGCGAGGUCUACCUCAACAACGGCCUGUGGUACAGCAAGCCCUUCUCCCCGGAGUUCCGUUACUCCAGCUCAAUGUUCGGGAUGGUGGCAGGGAGUACGGAGUACAGCUUCAGGAUCGAACCGACCGCCAACUCGACGCUGCCGCCAUUGCUCAAUGCGCUGGAGAUCUAUGUCAUGGUGCCUACUGCAGAGCGUGCAACUCAUGGAGGAGAUGUGAGUGCCAUUAUGGCCAUCAAGGCCAAGUAUGAGAUCAAGAGGAACUGGAUGGGUGAUCCGUGUGGCCCCAAGAUAUAUUUGUGGGACGGUGUAGGUUGCAACUAUGCAAUCUCUAGCGCACCAAGAAUCACCUCACUAAACUUGUCCUCCAAUGGGUUGGCUGGAGAAAUCACCACUCUUUUAAGCAAUCUCACUGCUCUUCAGAACCUGGAUUUAUCUCACAACAGUUUGACAGGGAACAUUCCUGAAUUUCUUGCAUAA